AUGGCUGUAAGCGUGUUUCCCGAAAGCAGGCGUCGUCGUCAAUGGUCCGUUCCCGUGAUGCCCUUAGCAGCUUUUCUCCUGGUUGCUUGCGCCAGCUGUUUCCUGACAACUAGGACACGUGGCGAGAGCUCGUUGUUGGGUCACGAGCGCCCGUCAUUUCACACGAAAUUCCCGCGCAGGCCGCGGGACGAAGCGCGCAUGGUAGAGGCGAAUGUAGCGAAUCAGACGCUGACACUUGGCGUGCUCACGGGACACGAUAAACAAGCCCUAUCGAUCCGCUCAGCCAUCCAGCUGGCGUACGAGGAUGUAUUGGCGGACCGCUCCUUAACGUUCCCCCAUCCGUUGAGGCUGUCAUUCGGUGACGCGGGAAGCACCAGGUUCCAAGCACAGGCAGCAGGAUUGCAGACGAUGCUUGACGAUGCGUUGGUGCUGCUGGGGCCUGAGUUCUCCUCGCAAGCUCACAGCAUCAUCGACCUGUGCCGCGACUACCAGGUGCCGAUGCUGAGCUACUCUGCAACGGACCCCACGCUGUCAUCCAAGGGGCAGUUCCCCUACUUCGUGCGCCUGAGCCACAGCGACCAGAUGGAGAUGGAGGUGGUGGCGGACAUACUACAGUACUACCAGUGGCAUCAGGCUAUUAUGAUCUUCUCAGAUGAUGAGUUCGGCCACAAUGGCAUGGACGCGCUCACUAACAUCCUCAUGGCCAAGUCGCAGCAGCUACCGCUGCAGUUUUCCAACAAGGUCGCACUAGACCCGCGGGCCACCAACGAGGAGAUCACACAGCUGCUGCGCGCCAUGCAGUCCUCCGAGACCUCUGUCUUCGUCGUCCACGUCGCCUCCUCCAACGUGCUCUUCCUCUUUGAUGAAGCGCAGCGCAUGGGGUUGAUGAGCGAGGGGUACGUGUGGAUAUCCACGGAGGGAGCCAUCUCCCACCUCAUGGGGGCUGAAAUGAACGCCACCUACCUCAGCACUCUCACUGGCAUGAUGGGCACGCGAGUGGCCAUUCGGGACAACCCGCGCCUGCAGGAGUUCAAGAGGCGAUGGAAGGGCCUCAACCCCGCCAAGUACCCCAGCUCUGGCACCGACACUCUCUCUCCCUACGCACUGCUCGCCUACGAUGCCCUCUGGGUGGCGGCCCGCGCCCUGCACAACCUCUCCCACCUGCCAGGCGCCAGCUUUCCAUUCCGCCCGCGCCGCCCUGUUCUGCCCCCGGAUGGCGGCGGAAGCACCGAUUUUGCUCGGCUCAGAGUCAGCAAGGCUGGCUUUAAGUUAUUGGAGGAACUUGCCACGACCAAGAUGGAUGGCAUCAUUGGAAAGGUGGCGUUUGACAAGAACAACGACCGCGUGGGAGUGAGCUACGAGGUGGUCAAUCUGGUGGCGUCAACCUUUCAAACCCUCGGCUAUUGGGAGCAGGGCAUGGGCCUUGUGGCUGCCCCCGUGAGUAUGCGCCUCUUGUGUUCCUCGACCACAACUCCCCUUUCUCUCUCAUGUUGUGUUCGUGUGAACCUGCUUACUCUCGCUCUGUGUUCUGCUGCUGUGCAUUCACCCCUCCGUGCAUUCACCCCUCUGUGCAUUCACCCCUCUGUGCAUUCACCCCUCUGUGCAUUCACACCUCUGUGCAUUCACCCCUCUGUGCAUUCACCCCUCUGUGCAUUCACACCUCUGUGCAUUCACACCUCUGUGCAUUCACCCCUCUGUGCAUUCACCCCUCUGUGCAUUCACACCUCUGUGCAUUCACCCCUCUGUGCAUUCACCCCUCUGUGCAUUCACCCCUCUGUGCAUUCACACCUCUGUGCAUUCACCCCUCUGUGCAUUCACCCCUCUGUGCAUUCACCCCUCUGUGCAUUCACACCUCUGUGCAUUCACACCUCUGUGCAUUCACCCCUCUGUGCAUUCACACCUCUGUGCAUUCACCCCUCUGUGCAUUCACACCUCUGUGCAUUCACCCCUCUGUGCAUUCACCCCUCUGUGCAUUCACCCCUCUGUGCAUUCACCCCUCUGUGCAUUCACUCCUCUGUGCAUUCACCCCUCUGUGCAUUCACCCCUCUGUGCUUUCACCCCUCUGUGCAUUCACACCUCUGUGCAUUCACCCCUCUGUGCAUUCACCCGUCUGUGCAUUCACCCCUCUGUGCAUUCACCCCUCUGUGCAUUCACCCCUCUGUACAUUCACCCCUCUGUGCUUUCACCCCUCUGUGCAUUCACACCUCUGUGCAUUCACCCCUCUGUGCAUUCACUCCUCUGUGCAUUCACCCCUCUGUGCAUUCACCCCUCUGUGCAUUCACCCCUCUGUGCAUUCACCCCUCUGUGCAUUCACCCCUCUGUGCAUUCACCCCUCUGUGCAUUCACCCCUCUGUGCAUUCACUCCUCUGUGCAUUCACCCCUCUGUGCAUUCACCCCUCUGUGCAUUCACACCUCUGUGCAUUCACCCCUCUGUGCAUUCACCCCUCUGUGCAUUCACCCCUCUGUGCAUUCACCCCUCUGUGCAUUCACCCCUCUGUGCAUUCACCCCUCUGUGCAUUCACCCCUCUGUGCAUUCACCCCUCUGUGCAUUCACCCCUCUGUGCAUUCACCCCUCUGUGCAUUCACCCCUCUGUGCAUUCACCCCUCUGUGCAUUCACCCCUCUGUGCAUUCACCCCUCUGUGCAUUCACCCCUCUGUGCAUUCACCCCUCUGUGCAUUCACCCCUCUGUGCAUUCACCCCUCUGUGCAUUCACCCCUCUGUGCAUUCACUCCUCUGUACAUUCACCCCUCUGUGCUUUCACCCCUCUGUGCAUUCACUCCUCUGUGCAUUCACCCCUCUGUGCAUUCACUCCUCUGUGCAUUCACCCCUCUGUGCAUUCACCCCUCUGUGCAUUCACACCUCUGUGCAUUCACACCUCUGUGCAUUCACACCUCUGUGCAUUCACAUUCACCCCUCUGUGCAUUCACCCCUCUGUGCAUUCACCCCUCUGUGCAUUCACCCCUCUGUGCAUUCACCCCUCUGUGCAUUCACCCCUCUGUGCAUUCACCCCUCUGUGCAUUCACCCCUCUGUGCAUUCACCCCUCUGUGCAUUCACUCCUCUGUGCAUUCACCCCUCUGUGCAUUCACCCCUCUGUGCAUUCACCCCUCUGUGCAUUCACCCCUCUGUGCAUUCACCCCUCUGUGCAUCCCUCUGUGCAUUCACCCCUCUGUGCAUUCACCCCUCUGUGCAUUCACCCCUCUGUGCAUUCACCCCUCUGUGCAUUCACCCCUCUGUGCAUUCACCCCUCUGUGCAUUCACCCCUCUGUGCUUUCACCCCUCUGUGCAUUCACACCUCUGUGCAUUCACCCCUCUGUGCAUUCACCCCUCUGUGCAUUCACCCCUCUGUGCAUUCACCCCUCUGUGCAUUCACCCCUCUGUGCAUUCACCCCUCUGUGCAUUCACCCCUCUGUGCAUUCACCCCUCUGUGCAUUCACCCCUCUGUGCAUUCACCCCUCUGUGCAUUCACCCCUCUGCAUUCACCCCUCUGUGCAUUCACCCCUCUGUGCAUUCACCCCUCUGUGCAUUCACCCCUCUGUGCAUUCACCCCUCUGUGCAUUCACUCCUCUGUACAUUCACCCCUCUGUGCUUUCACCCCUCUGUGCAUUCACCCCUCUGUGCAUUCACCCCUCUGUGCAUUCACUCCUCUGUGCAUUCACCCCUCUGUGCAUUCACCCCUCUGUGCUUUCACCCCUCUGUGCAUUCACACCUCUGUGCAUUCACCCCUCUGUGCAUUCACCCCUCUGUGCAUUCACCCCUCUGUGCAUUCACCCCUCUGUGCAUUCACUCCUCUGUGCAUUCACCCCUCUGUGCAUUCACCCCUCUGUGCUUUCACCCCUCUGUGCAUUCACACCUCUGUGCAUUCACCCCUCUGUGCAUUCACCCCUCUGUGCAUUCACCCCUCUGUGCAUUCACCCCUCUGUACAUUCACCCCUCUGUGCUUUCACCCCUCUGUGCGUGCAUUCACCCCUCUGUGCAUUCACCCCUCUGUGCAUUCACCCCUCUGUGCAUUCACCCCUCUGUGCAUUCACCCCUCUGUGCAUUCACUCCUCUGUGCAUUCACCCCUCUGUGCAUUCACCCCUCUGUGCAUUCACACCUCUGUGCAUUCACCCCUCUGUGCAUUCACCCCUCUGUGCAUUCACCCCUCUGUGCAUUCACCCCUCUGUGCAUUCACCCCUCUGUGCAUUCACCCCUCUGUGCAUUCACCGCUCUGUGCAUUCACCCCUCUGUGCAUUCACCCCUCUGUGCAUUCACUCCUCUGUACAUUCACCCCUCUGUGCUUUCACCCCUCUGUGCAUUCACUCCUCUGUGCAUUCACCCCUCUGUGCAUUCACUCCUCUGUGCAUUCACCCCUCUGUGCAUUCACCCCUCUGUGCAUUCACACCUCUGUGCAUUCACACCUCUGUGCAUUCACACCUCUGUGCAUUCACCCCUCUGUGCAUUCACCCCUCUGUGCAUUCACCCCUCUGUGCAUUCACCCCUCUGUGCAUUCACCCCUCUGUGCAUUCACCCCUCUGUGCAUUCACCCCUCUGUGCAUUCACCCCUCUGUGCAUUCACCCCUCUGUGCAUUCACCCCUCUGUGCAUUCACCCCUCUGUGCAUUCACCCCUCUGUGCAUUCACUCCUCUGUGCAUUCACCCCUCUGUGCAUUCACCCCUCUGUGCAUUCACCCCUCUGUGCAUUCACCCCUCUGUGCAUUCACCCCUCUGUGCAUUCACACCUCUGUACAUUCACCCCUCUGUGCAUUCACCCCUCUGUGCAUUCACCCCUCUGUGCAUUCACCCCUCUGUGCAUUCACCCCUCUGUGCAUUCACCCCUCUGUGCAUUCACCCCUCUGUGCUUUCACCCCUCUGUGCAUUCACACCUCUGUGCAUUCACCCCUCUGUGCAUUCACCCCUCUGUGCAUUCACCCCUCUGUGCAUUCACCCCUCUGUGCAUUCACCCCUCUGUCCAUUCACCCCUCUGUGCUUUCACCCCUCUGUGCAUUCACACCUCUGUGCAUUCACCCCUCUGUGCAUUCACUCCUCUGUGCAUUCACCCCUCUGUGCAUUCACCCCUCUGUGCAUUCACCCCUCUGUGCAUUCACCCCUCUGUGCAUUCACCCCUCUUUGCAUUCACCCCUCUGUGCAUUCACUCCUCUGUGCAUUCACCCCUCUGUGCAUUCACCCCUCUGUGCAUUCACACCUCUGUGCAUUCACCCCUCUGUGCAUUCACACCUCUGUGCAUUCACCCCUCUGUGCAUUCACCCCUCUGUGCAUUCACCCCUCUGUGCAUUCACCCCUCUGUGCAUUCACCCCUCUGUGCAUUCACCCCUCUGUGCAUUCACCCCUCUGUGCAUUCACCCCUCUGUGCAUUCACCCCUCUGUGCAUUCACCCCUCUGUGCAUUCACCCCUCUGUGCAUUCACCCCUCUGUGCAUUCACCCCUCUGUGCAUUCACCCCUCUGUGCAUUCACCCCUCUGUGCAUUCACCCCUCUGUGCAUUCACCCCUCUGUGCAUUCACCCCUCUGUGCAUUCACUCCUCUGUACAUUCACCCCUCUGUGCUUUCACCCCUCUGUGCAUUCACUCCUCUGUGCAUUCACCCCUCUGUGCAUUCACUCCUCUGUGCAUUCACCCCUCUGUGCAUUCACCCCUCUGUGCUUUCACCCCUCUGUGCAUUCACUCCUCUGUGCAUUCACCCCUCUGUGCAUUCACCCCUCUGUGCAUUCACCCCUCUGUGCAUUCACUCCUCUGUACAUUCACCCCUCUGUGCAUUCACCCCUCUGUGCAUUCACCCCUCUGUGCAUUCACCCCUCUGUGCAUUCACCCCUCUGUGCAUUCACCCCUCUGUGCAUUCACCCCUCUGUGCAUUCACCCCUCUGUGCAUUCACCCCUCUGUGCAUUCACCCCUCUGUGCAUUCACCCCUCUGUGCAUUCACCCCUCUGUACAUUCACCCCUCUGUGCUUUCACCCCUCUGUGCAUUCACUCCUCUGUGCAUUCACCCCUCUGUGCAUUCACUCCUCUGUGCAUUCACCCCUCUGUGCAUUCACCCCUCUGUGCUUUCACCCCUCUGUGCUUUCACCCCUCUGUGCUUUCACCCCUCUGUGCAUUCCUUUGCCAGUCAAAAGCGCCGUCUAACACCACCCUGA